AGAGAGGUGAUCGCCGUUGGGGCAGAGCGGGAGAGACCAUGUCCGGGCGGCCCAGGACCACCUCCUUCGCGGAGAGCUGCAAGCCGGUGCAGCAGCCCUCGGCCUUCGGCAGCAUGAAAGUCAGCCGAGACAAAGAUGGCAGCAAGGUGACUACAGUAGUGGCAACUCCUGGACAAGGUCCAGACCGACCACAAGAAGUCAGCUACACAGACACCAAGGUGAUUGGAAAUGGAUCUUUUGGUGUUGUGUAUCAAGCCAAACUCUGUGAUUCAGGAGAGCUUGUGGCCAUUAAGAAAGUCCUGCAGGAUAAAAGAUUUAAGAACAGAGAGCUCCAGAUUAUGAGAAAGUUGGAUCAUUGUAACAUUGUCCGAUUGCGUUAUUUCUUCUACUCUAGUGGAGAGAAGAAAGAUGAGGUGUACCUCAACUUGGUGCUGGACUAUGUUCCUGAAACAGUAUACAGAGUUGCCAGACAUUAUAGUCGGGCCAAACAGACACUCCCUAUGAUUUAUGUCAAGUUGUACAUGUAUCAGCUGUUCCGGAGUUUAGCCUAUAUCCAUUCCUUUGGGAUCUGCCACCGGGAUAUAAAACCACAGAACCUCUUGCUGGACCCUGAUACAGCUGUUCUAAAACUCUGUGACUUUGGAAGUGCAAAACAGCUGGUUCGUGGAGAGCCCAAUGUGUCGUACAUCUGCUCUCGGUACUACAGGGCGCCAGAGUUGAUCUUUGGAGCCACUGAUUAUACCUCCAGUAUAGAUGUGUGGUCAGCAGGCUGUGUAUUGGCUGAACUGUUACUAGGACAACCGAUCUUUCCAGGUGACAGUGGUGUGGAUCAGUUGGUGGAAAUAAUCAAGGUUCUUGGAACGCCUACAAGGGAGCAAAUUAGAGAAAUGAAUCCAAACUAUACUGAAUUCAAAUUCCCUCAGAUUAAGGCACAUCCAUGGACUAAGGUCUUCCGGCCCCGCACUCCCCCCGAAGCGAUUGCGCUAUGUAGCCGCCUGCUGGAGUACACCCCCACGGCCCGCCUGACUCCCCUGGAGGCCUGCGCGCACUCUUUCUUCGAUGAACUACGGGACCCAAACGUCAAGUUACCAAACGGGCGAGAUAAACCUGCACUCUUCAAUUUCACCACUCAAGAACUGUCAAGUAACCCAUCUUUGGCUUCGAUCCUCAUCCCUGCUCAUGCCCGGAACCAAGCAGCUGCUUCAACCCCUACAAAUGCUACAGCGGCCUCAGAUGUUAACGCAGGAGAACGAGUUCAGACCAAUAGUGUAGCUACAGCAUCAGCCUCCAACUCCACCUGAACCAGUACCAAGCAGCCAGCUGCACAGGAAAAAUCACCAGUAAUUUGAGUCUUGCUCAGCAACACUGGUCACAUUUGGAAAGAAAAUUAAAAAGAGGAAAAAAAAAUCCAACAAAACAACAAACCAACCAACCUGUUCAUUUUAGUGUUCAAUUUUUUAUUAUUAUUAUUGUUGUUCUUAUUUAACCUUGUAAAAUAUCUAUAAAUACAAACCAGUUUCAUUGUAUUCUCACUCUGCAGGGUGUCCGGGGCAGGGGACUAGGUGGGGGGAGGAGGGAAAGUGGAGCAAUACAAUACACCAAUGUCUCCCCUCGACAAUCUCUUCAUGUUGGAAGUUUGCUGUUGUGUACUUCAGAACCAGGACUCUUGCCUCAUACCCCCUCCCACAACAGAAAGAAGGAAAAAAACGAAACAAACAAAUCCCAAACCUCAUUCUCUGCUGAAGUUCUCUUUUUUUUUUUUUACCCUCUUUUUUUAUUUUCUUUUUAAGUGAAGUUUCGGACUUUGAUGUAGUGCACAGCUUGAAUUUGGUCGGGAGCUUAGCAGGGGUCAUUCAACAGAGCUCAGCGUUUCUUGUCAGCAAAUCCAUUUCCCAGGUUAUCUGAAGAACUGCCCUGGCUCGGCACCGGGAGCGGGCGACGUGGUAGGAAAAUAGUUUGCCAUGGGGUUGGGGGGAGGGUUUGCCAUGUGUCUAAGGCUUGAACCGCUAGUGGAAGCCUUUCAUUUUAAAAAUCAGUGCUAGUGAUGAGGAAAUCUGCAGCUUCAUGUGGGGAAAGUCUUGCCCGAGUGGGUGAUAUAUAAUAUAAUACACACACAUGCACGGACAGCAGCAGUCGGCUCUGCCGAGGCAUCCCCUUUGCCCAGCUCCUGCUUUCCGUGUCUCGGGCCGGCUCCCAGCUUCAGCAGAGAAGAGCGGACGAACAAAAUCCUCGGCAAGGGCAGGGGCCCAGCUGGUGGAUGGAUGUUAAGGGACUUUUUGGGAAGUGGCCACUGUGAAAGUGUGUUUGGUUGGGUUUUUUUCUCACCCCACCCCUCCUUGGCUCUUGAUUUGAACAGACUUUUCCCUUUCCUAAGGUGCAUACAGGAAAAGGACACCAGGGUUUAUAAUGUGAACUGUAACAGGCUACUGGUUUAUUUUGUAAUACUUUUUUUUUAACUGCAGUUUUAACUUGCAGGAUGCCACAAUUCUCUGAUAGUUCUGAUUUUAAAUCCACAGGUAGAAUCUGUAUUUAAUUUUCAUCUUUUUUAACCUCUUGCUUUUUCUUUUUUUUUGAUCUCUAUUUAUUGAUGCGUGUUGCCACGUCGCCAUUAUGUCUUUACAUUGGUAGAAUGUUAAAAUACACAUCCGAAUGCUCUUGAUGGUAAUUUGUACCUGCUGACUUGUAGGAAAGCUGGCUCUAUAUGAGUGUGUGUGUAUAUAUAUUAUAUAAAUAUAUACAUGUAUACAUAGAUACAAUACUGCUUUUUUUAUUUUGUCGACGAUCUUGAAUCAGUCUGACUGAAGCGUGAGGUGAAUGCUUGUUCUAGUCCAUCAGUUCAGGGUCCAGGUUUCCUCCCUGCGACGGCGUGCGGUGCGAGCAUCCACGUCUCUCUUCCUGAAGUCAAAGCAAUAUUCCUUGCGAAUGGGUCAGGUGAGCGGCGGGAUGCAGCCCCGGCGCGGCAUCGAGACUUUCGGAGACCUGAUCUUGUGGUAGGCUUGCGGUUGGUGUCCGCUCCAGCCUUAUCCUUCUUCAGAGAAACUGUAGUCACCUUUGGUGCUUACCGAGCCGUUCCUCGACCUGCGGAUCUCUAAGGCAAGCAGUUGCUUUUCGGGAACACGCGGAACCUCGUGUGGCCCGGGGGGAACCGGCAGUAGCGGCUUUGGAAGCUCGGCCGCCGCAGGGGCGGCAGGGGCUUGGUCACGAGCUCGGUGUGUUUCUUCUUGUACCUUUUAUGCUGUUGACGUGGGAUUUUUUGGAAACUGUCUCUUAGCAGCCCCAGAACUGAUAAAAGCUCUGCCCUCUCCCUCCUGCCUGGCACGCGGUGGGUUUGGGGACGCAGAGGCUGAUUGAAGAGGUGAGUGACCACCUACCAUGAAACCAAUAAACCCUCAAGUUAUACCCCUCAGCGAUUUGCUGUUGGGCACACACAAAAAAAAAAAAAAAGUUUUAAAGCUUUUUUGCAUUCUGGCUGGCUGCAAAGGAAAGCACACCCACGUUGAGAAACAAGGCUUUCCAAAUCCUUACCUGCAACUUAAUAGAAAGGGCUGAAGAGCAUCUUAAUGCGUGCGCUCGGCUAGUCAGUGUCCUGAAAGGUAAGUGAAGGGGCUUGGUUGACCCAGUGAUCCAAAUUCAUGCAGGAGACUCAAAAAGUAGGACAGUGGCAGGGUAUGGAUCUGCUGUAUAGACAAGACUGCUGAAGCAUUGGCCACGGGCGCUGUUAUUUGGAGGCAGUAAAUUACAGAGUCUUUAAAAAAAAAAAGUAAUAAACAUAUAUCGAAGAAAAAAUGCUGCUUGUGCCAGGACAUGUGGCUUUUCUUUUUCAUUUUUUUGUUAAAGACUGGUGGAGGGGAGUCAGAGCGUUUCUCUCUGGUUUUGUGGCUGUGCCGGCGUCUGUGUGUGUCUCGUGUGUGUGUUAGGCUGGGGGGAGGGUCGGGGUGCCCCUCUGGUUUUAUUUCUGUUUUCAAGGAUCAUAGCAGGAUCACACACUCUUUUAUACAAGUUAGAUCCAGGUCUUUGGACAACCUUUUUUUGUAAAUAAGAAAAAAAAAAAAAGAAAAAACACAGAAAAAUAACAACAAAAAACAAAGCUCCUCACCAAAUUCAAGCUUGUACAUUAUUAUUUUUGAUUGUUUUUGAAUUUUGAGUUUUAUUGUUUUGUAUGUAAAUAUGUGGACCCAGGAACUGUUAUUAAUGAGCAAAAAGUUACCGUUCAGGGCAGUGAUUCUGUUUAAUAAUCAGACAAAAUGUAGACGAGCUUUUUAAAGCCAUAUAGUUUUAACUCUGUACAGUAGGUACCGGCCUGUAUUAUUGUAACAAUAACUCUAGCGAUGUAUAGUGUAUCUAUAUAGUUUGGAGUGCCUUCGCUUCCAUGAUUUUUUGAAUUUUAUUUCCCUUUUAUUUUUUUCUCCUCCUUCUUUAUUAACAAUGUCUCCUACCCCAAACCCGCAUCUUUGCUCCCCCCUCCCCACCCCACUUUCUAACUCUUUGAGUGCUGUAAGGUUUCGGUGAUACCCUGAUCAGUAGCGGAACGAAAAGAAACCAUCUCCACCGUCAUUCACUUCACUGGAGCCGCGGCUUUGUUCUGGGAGUCUUCAAGGUGCCCACGCUGCCCUCCUCCUCCUCCCGCUAGCAGCAGCUGGUUUCAUUCGGACCCUUGCCCUAGCAGCCCGCUUAGAUUUUGCUUGUGUCUCCCCUCAGCCCUGCGCCCAGGAGCAUCCGGGCAGCAGCAGCUUCCAGGAGGCUCGGCCUUCCCACCCUCCCUGCGGCUGUGCCGGGGGCAGCGGAAAGGGCCCCCAGGGAGGGAAAUCCCCACAUCCUGCAGGGUUGCUGUGCUCCAGCCCUUGGGCUGCGGUGGGAGCGGGGGCAUCGCUGUAGGAGACUGCUGCGGUGGUUUUUUCUGCCGGGAGGACUUUGUUCCCUUUCUUCUCCCUGUUUUUUUCCCCCACAUCCUUCCCCGAAGUCACUUUUGUUUUCUUGAGAUAAGUUUAACAUGACUCUUGAUUUCUUGUGCCCAGCACGAAGGCCUUGUUUCUAAAACUAGUUUGCUUGUGUUUUACUACCUUGUUAGUAUUCCACAUAAGAUUGUCUUGAAUGGGAAAACACGUAACUCUUUACCAAACCAAAGGUUGCUGUUUUAUUUCGAAGCAUCUCGUGUUCAUUCCAGUGAAGCAGAGGCUGCACUUUCUUUCUGGUGACACGAAGGUCAGUGAUGCCAAGCUGUUGGCGACAGUAUCUGCUCAGAGCUGUCCUUCUCUUCUUUUACACUCUUUUGGGCUUCUUUUUUAACCCAGUGUGCUCUUGAUGUGUCCUUUACAUCCGCCCUGCCGUAGUGGGUCCCUGGGCCGGGCUGGAUCACAGUCUGUCUCCCCCGAUGGAUGCUCCAUCAAGACACUGGUGUUCUUUACUAUUAAACUUAUCUACCUUGCUAGGGAAAAAGAAAAAAAAUUACCUGCAAAAGAAAAUUGACUGGUAGAAGACCCCUGAACACUCUGUCCCCUUAUUUCGAAGCCAAGCUUUACCUAAAAUAAUGGCAGGUGCCUACGACUUGCAACCUAAAAUUCCCCCCAGUUUUCAGUACUUGGAAAAGCAGAAGUCAAGCAGCCUGUCAGACUCGUACUCCUGUACUAGGAACCUCAGCCACCGCGGAGAAAAAGGAAAAGCCGAUGAGGAAAAGCACAGUAGGGUAUUCGGUCCGGGCUCUGCCUUCCGGAGACUGCCAGCGGGUACCCCUGGGGUGGCAGCUGAUUUCCACGGGGCUCUCGGCCGGUUCUGGUCGUAGUUGGCUUCGUUUUGCAACACUGCAAUAAUGGCAAAACGACAGGAAAGGAAAACAGUACCUAAGGGGUUAGCUCGAGAAAAGUAGCUUCCUUGUGUUGGUCUUUCUCAAUUUAUUUUUAAUAUAUAUAUAUAAAAUAUAUUUAUAUAUAUAUAAUUUGCUUGCCUGUAAAAUUUGCGUUCAUUAAUGUGUUGCUGAUGGAUCACUUGGGCCUGUACACACCAAUUAGCGUGACCACUUCCAUCUUAAAAACAGAAAUCUAAAUAUAUAUAUAUUAAGGACUGUGGGUUGUAUACAAACUAUUGCAUACACUUGUGCAAAUCUGUCUUGAUUUAAAGGAAAAGCAAAACCUGUAUAACAUUAUUACUACUUGAAUGCCUCUGUGACUGAUUUUUUUUUUCAUUUUAAAUAUAAACUUUUUUUGUGGAAAGUAUGCUUAAUGUUUUAUUAUUUCCCCCGCCCCAUUCCCCUUGUAAAUACGUUUUGUUCUGUGUGACUCGGUUCGGAAAUAGUUAACUGGUACUGUAAUUUGCAUUAAAUAAAAAGUAGGUUAGCCUGGAAAUGAAAUUUAAAAAAUACCAAGUGUGUGGUCUUUAUUUCAAAAAAAUUGCCCUAUUCUUCCCUCCUCCUCUCUCCCUUCUCUGACCCUUGUUCCUCACCCUCAUGCCUCUUUCCACUCUGCGAGAAUAGGUGGACGUGAAUCUUUGUAAUAAUAAAGAAAAAACUCAAGAAAUGAGCAUGUUUUCUUAAAUGAGCUGUGUUAUUCCAUGCUAUUUUUAAAGAGAUGCCAGCUUGUCUAUGAUACCGUUUGAUUUGAUGGAGAGAGGAACCCUGGGACAUAAAUAUUUCAAAUUGAAACCAACCAAUCUUCCUUUACCGUCCACCUAUAGAUACAAACUUAAGAACCUGUGUAAACUGCUGGCUUUGAAUCCUGCACUCAUGGUUGUUUGGGUUGUUUUUUUUUAAAUCAUUGGAUCCCAUUAGUAAUGUUAUUUGGUGGUGAUCUGUAAAGUUUGUCGAGACCACGUCCAGUGGACCGUUCCUCCAGCAAAUCAGCACAUAGCUAUCUCUGAGUUGGGUUUCCGGUACUGGAUAAUGUAUGUAUUAAACAUGACAUGUCUAUUAGCGCAAAAAGAAAAAAGAAAAAAAAAAUAAAAAAUCCUUUUUUGGGCUGGCUGACCUGGCCGAAUCCAUUCUGUCGCUAUCCUAAAGGCUAGAUGCGAGGUCAUGUGACUGCUGCUUCAAUAAAAACAAAUUUAUAUUGCAAA